AUGGACAGGGACUCCGCUGUCCUAGCAUCAGGGGGAAGCUGUUUCCACCAUUGGGGUAUAAGAACAGAGAAGAGCUUUGACUGCGCUGAGCAGGAGCUGACCUCCCAUAAGGGUGGGAGGGCCAAGAGACCAGAGUCGGUCAUGGCGGGGGCCUUCAUGGACUCGCCCAAUGAUGACGACAGCACGGACCACUCACUUUUCAACUCCUCGGCCAGCGUCCACGCCGCCUCUAUGGCGGCCCAUGACCAGCCGGAGCGGGAGCCCAUGUCCCGCGACGCCAUCUGGCUUUGGAUUGCAAUCACCGCCACCAUAGGGAACAUUGUGGUCGUGGGAGUGGUGUACGCUUUCACUUUCUGA